AUGCAAAUGAGCUGCAGCUGCGUCACAGACAAGAGGCCGUCGCUGCGUCUGCUCUGGAGCAGCUGCGCACUUGUCCAGCAGGGGGAGCUCUCUCCUGCGAGAGCGAUGGGCGGGGCUUCAGAGCUGCACUUCCUGAAAGAACCUGGUGAUGUCAUCGCGGUGAGAGAUCGGCCGCUCCUAUUGGACUGUGAGGCGGAGGGGGAGGGGCCUGUGAGUGUUGCCUGGAGACGGAACGGCGUUACUGUGGAGACCAGCGAGCGUGUUAGCGUGCUAGCUAACGGCUCUCUGCUGAUCAGGAAGUUCUCCAAGCGUCGCCAGGACAACCAGAGCGACUCCGGCGAGUACGAGUGUGCGGUAACCAACGGCAACGGCCUGGUGUUAGUGAGCCGCAGGGCGAGGGUCCGAGUGGCAUCUCUGCCUAAGUUCCUGUCGCAGCCGCAGUCCCUGGUGGUGCCUGAGGGGGGCGUGGCGAGGCUCAGCUGUCAGCUGAACGCCGUCCCAGAGGCCAACGUCACCUGGCAACGCAACAGACAGGAAGUGACCCGAGGAGACCCACGGUACACACUGCUCCCAGUGGGCAUUCUGCAGAUUGCGUCCGUGAGUCGCACUGACGCAGGUUUGUUUCGUUGCGUCGCCUCAAACAUCGCAAACACACGAUACAGCGACGAGGCCCAGCUGUCAGUCACUGUCUCUGGACCUCGUCUGUACCAGGAACCGGUGAUUCUCUCUGGUCCACAGAACUUGACCAUCACCGUUCACCAGACCGCCAUUUUGGAAUGUGUUGCUACCGGCAACCCUCGCCCCAUCGUGUCCUGGUCCCGCCUCGACGGCAGGUCCAUCGGAGUGGAGGGGGUCCAGGUCCUGGGGUCUGGGAACCUGAUGAUCUCUGACGCCAGCAUCGACCACAGCGGAGUUUACGUCUGUUCAGCGAAUCGUCCGGGAUCCAGGGUCAGGAGGACCGCUCUGGGACUACUGCAGGUCCAAGCUCCUCCAGAGUUUGUGCAGUGGCCGCAGUCCCUCUCUCGUCCUGUUGGGGGCAGUGCAGUCUUCACUUGUACAGCAAGGGGCGUACCUGAGCCCACUGUCACCUGGCUGAAGAACGGACGACUGCUAAAGACUGAUGCUAAUGUUAGCAUUAGCAAGAACAACUCGACUCUGUCCAUUGCUCGGAUCACGGCCGACGAUGAAGCUAUUUACCAGUGUAUCGCCGAGAACAGCGCAGGCACAAACCAGGCAAGUGCACGUCUCGCUCUGACGCAGGGCGCUCACCUCCCAUCAUGCCCCACUGCACAGGAGGCGCUCUGA